GUGAGGGUCACAGUGAAGGCGGGCACACCUUGGCACCACACGCACACGCUCGCGCACACGCACGCACGCACGCACUACAGACUUUGUCAACACUCCUGUAGACCAACAAUUAAGAAGGAUGCGAGUGUUGGUGGCGGCGGCGGCGGUGUUGGCGGUGGUGAUGGUGGUGGUGCCGGUGCCGGGAGCUGAAGCCCAAAUGUCGCUGGGGCCUGGCGGGUUCGGCUUACCACCAAUCAACAUUGUGUCCGUUUUCAAGUUCGUCCGGGACUUCUUCCUGGCCCUCCUGUCUCCUGCCGCCGCCAGUCCCGCCAAAAUUAGUGAAGCCAAAACCACUGAAGUUAACAGCAGUUCCCCGGCCGCCGUCAAUGGCACCAAGUCCACGAUGACCAACCAGCGGGAAGAGAAGAGCGGGGCGGAGGCCACGACCCGGGAGCCCUACCUGGCGGACCUCAACGACUCGGACGACGAGGUCACCAUCAUCACUGUCGAAGACCACGAGCCCAGGAUCGUCGAGAAGUUUGACGCCGGGUGCGAGGAGGACGACAACGGAGACUGCCUGGAGGCGCCGUCGCCGGCCGCCAAGGACGGACUGAUCACGCCCAACGUGGCGGCCACGUCAGCAGCGCUCCUGGGCAGGUGGCCCGUUGGUUACAUCGUCUUCAUCAUCAUCUGCUUCUGGAUCACCGUCGUCAUCUCCACACCUUACUUCAUCACCGGCGAGACCAUCGCUAGGAGGGAUGAGGAACACACCUACCUUGGACUAGUCGACCAGCAGGACAUCCUGCUGCUGCUGGCGUGGCUGCUGGGGGAGGCCAGCCACGACAACUCCUGUCUGGAGAGGAUCGUCUGCCUCACGCCCGACAAGUCCUCCAAGUACCUCACCGUCUCCUCCAUGAUCUUCAAGGUGGCCGGCUACCUCCGAAGAUGGGUUCCCUACAGUCCCCGGUACGUCGACCAGCUGCACCACUUGAACGAGGUGGCCGAGAAUGGCUUCUCUCAGUCCUGCCACAAGUACUCCUGUCCAACCGUGCCAGAGCUCUAGGCAACACCUGCUCCCCAACGACGCGGUCUUUCUGGACGGCUCACCCACACCCUCGUGGAGAUGGUUCGUCCCACACACACGUUCUGGAAAUCACACAUUGAUUAGCUUGCAGGAUUCCAGAAGUGUACAUCCAAGUGUUUAUCAUCCUACUGUAGUUGUUGGAAACUCUUAUCCUGUAGGAUUGGUUACCUCGUUAGUCUUGUUUGUAUUACGUUCCCAUACUCCUGGGCAUCAUCCAACAUGUCUAACACCGCCCUCAGUCUUGUAUCAACACAACAGUUGAUCUUCAAAAUGUUAAUAACAAAAGCAGCAGUCAAGCUUACGACGCUCGGUAUUUCGUUGUAGACAGAUUGCCAGAGACCGAGUCAGAAGUGAAGUCGAGUUGUGAAAAUGUAAACUUUCAAGCCAAACCCAAAAGUUGCUGAAUGUGGGUGUAAGCAUCCUAGUUUAUAGCCAAAUUAAAACUUUCUCUCGCAUAUUCUUUCCUAAGCUAUAUGAUCUUAAAUGUGUGCCAGGAUCCACUGAGCACUCACGGACUCUACUCGUCUUAGCGACUCUCAUAAGCUCCAAUGUUAAGCUCGUAAAUGUAAACUGUGGCUUCCUCGGGUUUCUUAUGGUGUGUAAAACAUUGUUAUUGUGCGCUCCCCCCCCCCCCCCGUUAAUAUUGUUAUAUUAACGAAUUAAUUAUAGUUCAUUAGAAAAUCACAACAAACUCUUAAUGAUCUAAAAUAAUUUAUAAUCACUGGGAUAAGAGUGUUAUCUCUCGAAAAUAACUCUACAAGUUCAUGGCUUAUAUUAGCCUAGUCCCGAGUAAUGAAUAUAUUUACAACAAAACAAUGCUCACCUCAUUACUUGUAACAUGACACACCCUCUUCACACAUGCACAUUCAAAUACCUGAAGUGGAUCACUCAAGACGGCACUAGAUAAUUCAUUUGUUGUGUCCUGUAAAUAGUAACCGGUAAUUUUCUGGCGCUAGAUAUGCCCCAUUCAACUGGCGUGCGGCCAACUGCCAGUGGUCGGGGUCAACUGAGGACCGUGACGCAGCGCUGUGUGCUGCCUUACUUCCAUGACGUAACUUAACAAUGUUACCGUUGAUUGGGUAAUUUAUCUUUUACGUGGUGCUUGAGAACUCUCGGUUACCACCAAGUGACAGCGUCGACCUCCAGAGGUGAAGUACCAGCGUCGACCUCCUGAGGUGAAGUACCAGCGUCGACCUCCUGAGGUGAAGUACCAGCGUCGACCUCCAGAGGUGAAGUACCAGCGUCGACCUCCAGAAGUGAAGUACCAGCGUUGACCUCCAGAGGUGAAGUACCAGCGUCGACCUCCAGAGGUGAAGUACCAGCGUCGACCUCCUGAGGUGAAGUACCAGCGUCGACCUCCAGAGGUGAAGUACCAGCGUCGACCUCCAGAGGUGAAGUACCAGCGUCGACCUCCAGAGGUGAAGUACCAGCGUCGACCUCCAGAGGUGAAGUACCAGCGUCGACCUCCAGAGGUGAAGUACCAGCGUCGACCUCCUGAGGUGAAGUACCAGCGUCGACCUCCAGAAGUGAAGUACCAGCGUUGACCUCCAGAGGUGAAGUACCAGCGUCGACCUCCAGAGGUGAAGUACCAGCGUCGACCUCCAGAGGUGAAGUACCAGCGUCGACCUCCAGAGGUGAAGUACCAGCGUCGACCUCCUGACGUGAAGUACCAGCGUCGUAUUACCACUCACUAACAAUGCUGAUUAUCAAAUACUGCGGAGCUUGUCCUAUUUUCUGAGUUCGAUCACCUUUCAAUACUCGCGGCUGGAAUCCUGAUGUGCAUGAUACAAUUUGUCGCUACUAAUUUAUGAAGCUCAUUCACAAUAUCCAAACUAUAAUAAUAAUAAUAUUUUUUAUGAAAAUGUACAGACAUGUGAUACAUGAACAGUGGUGAACUUGAAGGUAAGAUAAGUACAAUAUAUCAAGCCACUAAUACGCAGAGCGGCCAUAACGACCGCUCCCCACACAAUAGUAAACAUUCACCUGACGGAAAAGCACUCUGACUUUUUCUUCAACAUGGACAAGGUCUGCUAGAAGUAGGCCUUCAGGAGUCUGCUGUUUUCUAUGAGAUCAGUUCUCCUUAAUAAAUGGGUCGAGCUUCGGUCAGACGAAUCCUCAAGAGAAAAUAGAACUGAAGUGAGACUCAAAAUUUCUUGAGGCUUCAGAGAGGUGAUGAGUUCAGCUCACUCGCGGGUCAUGUGAUCAAUAAAGGAAAUAGGUUUUCGUGACCUCACACCUAAGUUAUUCUCUAUCUUGUUUGACCAAAAAUAUUACAAAAUACUGAUAUAGCUUCAUACAACUUGUAAUAUACGAAAUUAUGCUUUUUAAUUUGAGUUAAAUAUAUUCUGUAGCAGUCCUAUGUAAAUGUACUGGAGAAUAUUACUCUCACAGAUGAAGAGUGAUAUUAAGAUGGACCACUGGAAGGUCACACUGAGAGGUGGACCUUGUGUGGUGAGGCAGUCACUAGACCCACCUCACACUCACGACUCUUGUUGUUGUUCUUGUAAUUUAUUUGUUAAUUCCCACCACUUAUACAGUAUAAUAUAUAUAUAUAUAUAUAUA